CGUAAUUCCCAGUUAGUGAAAAUCAAAAUGGCGUCAUGAAACCCGCAAUUGUUCGUGGUUUUAUUGAAAAAAAUAAUGUUUAAAUGAUACUGUAAUUUGCCCAUCUAGACAUGAGCUAUGUGUUAAGCAAGCUCGCGUCUAAAAAAGAAGUAGAUAAUGCAAUAAGGGGCACAGAAGAUAAGGUUCUGGUCCUAAGAUUUGGCAGGGAGAAUGACCAGGAGUGCAUGGGAUUAGAUGAUAUUCUUGCCAAAACGAAACAAUUGCUUUCAAAUAUGGCUGAAAUUUAUAUAAUUCCUGUGGAUAGUGUCCCAGUCUAUGUGAAAUAUUUUGAUAUUACUCUAACACCUGCAACAGUGUUCUUCUUUAAUGGCCAACACAUGAAAGUUGAUUAUGGCACACAAGACCACACAAAGUUCAUAGGAAGUUUCAAAACAAAGCAAGAUUUUAUUGACUUAGUUGAAGUGAUAUAUCGUGGUGCUAUGCGAGGAAAACUUAUUGUAACCUGUCCUAUUGAUCCGAAAAAUAUUCCAAAAUACAACUUGUUGUAUAAGGAUGUUUAAAAAUUUUAUUUAUGAGCACGUGUUGGGCGUUUUUAUGCAGGAUCUUUUAUAGACUGUAUGACUGCAAUUGAAAUGUAAAUUAUGUGACACUUCACUUUGCGGUGUUUUCCACUUUAGAUUUCCUGCUAAUUUCCUGUGGGUGUAGGUUAUUGUACGGUUAGAAAGUGCCUAUUUCCACUCAAAGGAAAACGACUUUAAACCUAGCACCAAAAUGGUAGAGCUGCGGCAUAAUAAUGCUUAUAGUGUUAAUUUAUAGUCAUUACAACACCUUAUUGAAACCACCUAAAAGACCUCGUCUGACAUUGCAAUGACGUCAAAAUUACGUCAUUGCACUCAAGAUUUUUGGAGUAACUUCACACAGCAAGAAUAUGUUCACCACAUUUCAUUUGAGUAUUUCUAAGUGUUGGCUGUCAACAUCGCCGCAUUAUAAUUCAAAUAAACCGCGACAUUCGUUUUUCUUGCGGUUUAGACCCGAUAAAAAACUGCAGUUACUUGUGGAUUUAAAGACGUUAAAAGCCGUCAAUUACUAUAAUCAUUAUUCAUCCAAUUACUAUAUUAAACUUCGGAAAGGCGUUGCCUUUUGCAUAUAUUGAUCUGCAAAAAUUGUUGUUACCUAAACAGUAAAUCCUUCCUUUGCCAACCGUAACAUACUCAAUCAACAUCGACAGAAGUUCCGUUCCCAGUGGAUUAAUCAACAUCGAUAGAAGUUCCGUUCCCAUGCAGUGGACUAAACAUUUCAUGAAUGUUUGAUGUUUCAGUUACCCGAAAAAAAUAUAAAUUCUUCUAAUCAAUAGCAUUUAAUGUUACAUAAAGUAUAUACUUGAUGUAUUAUAUAACGUAUUGCAUUCAUGUAAAGGACGACAUUUUCGGGGCCUAAUAAAAAGAGAGCAGCGACGGCGUGGCCUGGCUCUGAGCCUGGCUCGAGCUCUGCUUUCCACUGUUGCGUUUUUCAUACGCACGUAUAGGACUAAAUCCUUAUUGUCAUAUUUAUAUUCACUAAACUAAAUAAGAAGUUACACAGUCACAAAAACAUUGUUGAUUGGAUUGGAUGCGAAACAUCCUGAUCGUUACAUCAGCGGAAACAGCCAGUCUUUGUUCUUUUAGUUUGUCACAGCAGCCGGCAACUUGUAUUGGCAUGUAUUCGCAAACACAAUAGAUUUUUUUAAAAUAUAAAAUCGUAUAAUAUAUAUCUUAAUGUAUAUCAACGGUAAAUUACCCAACCACAUUCUUGAAGUAUUAAUAACAGGCGUUUGUCAUAUAUUGCAAUCAUCGGCAAGGCAGUCGGAAGCCAUGUCUAUAACACUGACGAAUGAAGUGCUUUUAUCCUAAAUAUUUCUUGUUACCAGUCACCGACAGUCAGUACGUACAUCACAUAAUGUCGGUGACACACGAAAAAGCCAGAACAUUUGCAAUAAACACUAAAACCAUUGACAGUGUUGUUGAUAUGUUUAUGUAUACCCAAGCUGGCAUUGCACAAUGUUCUCCACCAUUAUGGGUUUGACUUUUUUUUGGCCGGUCAAUUACGUGUUGAUUGACAGUCUGAGGCAGUGAAAGGAGAAUAUAAUUAUAGGGUUUAAUAUGUACGGAAUAGUGCUUUUUAUUUUUUCACGUAUAGUCAAUAAUUGUCGAUUUAAAGUUUGUAAAAAUCCAGAUUAAACCUUAGUCACCUUC